CCGGGGCCGCGCGUCACGCCCGGGCCGCGGCCGCCCCACGGCCCGGAAGAACAAGCGGGAGCUGGGAAGAUGGCGGCGGCGGCGGGAGGCCCGGCGGGCGGCCCGGUGUGUGUGCUGGUGCUGGGCAUGGCCGGCUCCGGGAAAACCACCUUCGUGCAGUGCCUCGCCGCCCACCUGCACGGGCAGCGCUGCCCCCCCUACGUGAUCAACCUGGACCCCGCCGUGCACGACCUGCCCUUCCCCGCCAACAUCGAUAUCAGGGACACUGUGAAGUACAAAGAAGUUAUGAAACAAUAUGGGCUAGGCCCAAAUGGUGGAAUAGUGACCUCUCUCAAUCUCUUUGCUACAAGAUUUGACCAGGUGAUGAAGUUUAUUGAAAAAAGACAAAAUGCCUCGAGGUAUGUUAUUCUUGACACACCAGGGCAAAUUGAGGUAUUCACCUGGUCAGCAUCAGGAACCAUCAUAACUGAGGCCUUGGCUUCCUCUUUUCCUUCAGUUGUUGUAUAUGUGAUGGACACUUCUCGCAGUACUAACCCUAUCACUUUUAUGUCCAACAUGCUGUAUGCCUGCAGUAUCCUGUACAAGACAAAGCUACCUUUCAUCGUAGUCAUGAACAAAACUGACAUAAUUGACCACAGUUUUGCAGUGGAAUGGAUGCAGGACUUCGAGACUUUUCAGGAUGCCCUGAAUCAAGAGACCUCCUAUGUCAGUAACCUGACUCGUUCUAUGAGUUUAGUGUUGGAUGAAUUUUACAGUUCACUGAAGGUGGUUGGUGUUUCUGCAGUGCUUGGCACAGGACUGGAUGAGUUUUUUACCCAGCUUUCUAAAGCUGUAGAUGAAUAUGAGAGAGAGUAUCGGCCAGAAUACGAGCGCCUGAGAAAAACCCUGGAGGAAGCUCAAAAUAAACAAAAGAGAGAGCAGCUGGAACACUUGUGGAAGGACAUGGGCAGCGUGUGUGUGCAGGGCAGCACACUGGCAGGACCUGAUGCUUCUGCAAUGGGUCCCUCUGAGCUAAUACUAACACGAGGAACUCUCGAUGAAGAGCAAGAAGAGAGGGAGAGUGACACUGAUGACAUUGACCAUGAAGUGACUGAGGAGAGCCAUGAAGAACCAGCCUUCAGAAACUUUAUGCAGGACAUGCGGAUGAAAUGCCAGAGGAGAAGCAACCCAAAGGAAUGAGACCUUCAGAAACAGAAGUAACUGUUGGUCCGAUGAGUUAAAGUUCUUGCAGCCAACUGACUGCACAUUUGGCCAUCUGCCACUGUAGCUUCCUGAAGCUGAAGGAACUAGAAAGCAGUUUCUUUUCCUGCAAAUUCUUCAGAUCUCUCUGUUGAGAGCUUAAAUUUUGAUCUCUGACAGCAUUAGCAUCCAGAGUACUCACUGGUCUCCAGAGGCACCUUCCAGUUGCUGAGUGCAGUCAGGCAUCUGCUGCAACCAGGGCACAACUUGAUUGAUCCACUGUUUGAUGUUUUGGUUAUCAUUAAAUAGAUUUUACGUACUAAGAAA